AAUUACGUCCACGGUCACGUGCUAUAACAGAUUAUACGGGUUUUAGGCGGUAAGGCAAGAUGUCAGGUCUGGAUGAAGUCGACAAUAUCAUUAUCGUUACUCUCCGUCAGAUUGGAUGUGAUUUUCUAGAAGAUGUGGCAAGUCUUGCCUCUUUCACUGCGGAAAUCGUCGUAUCUGCUGUUUCACGAUGCCUGAAAGUUAUCAGCGACGAUCUAGAUUUGCCCAAGAAACUUCCGAGCAACAUGUCGGCUCGAUUUCGCGUCGGAACAGAUCUCGCAAACGCUUGCAAGGAUUUGGGCUAUCGAUCUGAUAUCGGUUACCAGACAUUUUUGUAUCCAAACAAUGCUGAUUUGAGGAAGCUGUUUAUGUUUUUGGUUGAAAAAUUGCCGAAGGAAUCAGCGGCUGCAGCUGACGAACCAGUGGGUUCGUAUGCAAUGCUGAACAGAGCUAUUGCUGCUGAAGUAUCUCGUCGUCUGUCUCUUGGGUGGACGCCAUCUUACUGUAAGCUUGCGAGGCUUGCUUGGUCUGGUGGAGCACCUCGGCAGUGGCAUUAUGAGGGCACGUCUGGUAUGCAUUCGUUUCAUGCUGAUCUUUUGACUGUUCCAACUGGAUUAGGAGAUAUCACUGUGAAUGUACCAAAAGAAAUGAGACGAUUUUAUGGAAGUCCUUACCUAAAGUUGGUGACACUACAACCACCCCAAGCUCAUAAUGUGGUUGCAUCUAUCUUGGAGCACAAUGCGUCUGAACUGACGUCCUCUCAAGAAUGGGAAGCAGAAUGGAACCAGGCUGGACUAGCAUCUCAUCUCCCACCAGAUGAAUACAGGGAUAAGAAGAGACAGAGAAUAAAGAAACGAGUAGCUGACCAACUGCGAGCGAGUGCGAAGCAGGCAUCAGGGUCAAGUGUUGGGUCUGACCUGGCGCAACUGAUUGGAUCGUUUGCAGGUAGGGAAUCAGCACUUGGCAAAGGAUCAAGAUUCACUCAUACAGAAAAAUUGCAAUUUGCAAAGGAUGAUGUCACUGUUGAUACGGGACCACGAGUUGAGACCGAAGAGGAGCUGAAGAAGAAACGAGAAGACGAAGUGGCAGCAUUACAAGCUCGUCUCGAAGAUCUAACCGUGCAGCUAGAAAAAAUGGAGAUGGACAUCAAGAAAUUUACCACCAACACAUCACGAAUGCAGGAGAUGACUGUUUCUAUUCGUGCUUCAUUCAAAGACGAGGAAGAUGCAUACCGCGUCAAGAAACAGACAAUGGACAUGUUGCCUGAAGCUGACAAACACAUAGCAGAGCUGCAAAAGUUGAUCGAUGCCAGUGCUAAGCGUCUCGUUACACUGUCACAGCAGUGGGAAUCGCAUCGCGGUCCACUGAUAGCGAAGUAUAGAGAACUGAAGUCAUUGAACGAUUUGAGAAUGAACGAAUCAGCUCAACGUCUGGAGGAGAUUCGUGCCAUUCGAGAAAAAAUUAGGGAACUGACAGCCGAAGGUCGUAGCAAAGACAACUUACAUAAGCAGCUGGUCGGAGAGUACGAGAGAAUGGGCAAGGAUGUUGGUAGGGCGUCGUACACGAGGAGAAUUCUGGAAAUAGUCGGGAACAUCAGGAAGCAACGUGCAGAUAUUGACAAGGUUUUAGUUGAUACGAGGGCUCUCCAGAAGGAGAUAAAUCUUCAAUCAGGGAAAUUAGAUCGAAUAUUUACAAUCACAGACGAACAGAUAUUCAUGAAUGUCAAGAAAGACGAAGCAUGUCGAAAAGCAUAUAAAUAUCUAGCAAGUAUGCACGAGUCUUGUGGGAUUCUGAUCACUUCGGUUGAAGAGACUGGCAAUGUGAUGAGGGAAAUUCGAGAGCUCGAAGAUCAGAUUGAAAGUGAAAAGCAAAAGAAACUAGAUGACAGCUUCGGUCAAAUAUCCGCUGAUUUGAAGCAGAUGAAACAGGAGAAUGCAACUCUAGUGGCAAAAAUCAAAAGCAAAUGAAAUCGUGUCGCCAAUUGGUCAAACGAUUUUUUGUAUUGUUGGUUGAAUGUUUGGUGUUUGGUGAUGGUAAUAGAAAUUGUUGAUGAGAUCUCGGUUUCUGACAUGAUUUUG